AUGAUUAUUUUAGAUGAAAUUGAUUCAGUAGGAAUUAAAUCUUUUUCGGAACAUGAUUCACGAAAUGAAGAAACUAAUGGAAUUUUGACUAUGAUUGAUAAAAUAGAAAGAGAGAAAUUAGAUAUCAUAGUAAUUGGUAUCACCAAUUAUCCAGAAAAAUUAGAACCAGCUUUAGUUAGAUCCGGUCGUUUAAGCAAUAAAAUUGAGUUUUCUUUUCCCACCGAAGAGGAAGUAGGAGCAAUGGUAGAUUAUUUGCGACAAAUAUCAGAAAAAAGUUACAAAUCUGACAGAGUGCAGUGGUCCGAGCGGUUUUGGCAAGAAGUUAAGGAAAUUACUGUUGAAUUAGCGAAAGAAAAAGUGAGUCUAGUUUUGGUAGAUUUGCAACAAAUUAUUGGUCUUAUCUUGGCUCAAGCAUGCCAAGAAAAUUCCAGUAUAGUUAAACCCCAGAGUGAAGAUUACCGAACUAUUUUAGAGAAAAAAGUUCAGGAGAAAACUAGAAAAAAUGAAGCGAAUGAGCAGAUUUCAAAACUUUUCAAAUCUUUUCGUUUAAAGAAAGAGGUAGGAGAAGGGAAAAUUAGCCGUUUUGUAGAAAAAGCCAUUAUAAAGGAGUUAGACGACUACAACAGAAAUAUUGAGGAAAAACAAAAAGAAUUUCAAAAGAAAUUAAUCGCUGAUUAUAAAAGGGACGCCGACAGCAAGACACUCCGGAAAGAGGACGAAAUUUGA